CGCCCAUCCCAUCUUGCCCUCGAUCUCCACCUCCCCUCUCCGAUCGCUUUGCUGCAUGCCGCCAGUUCUAGACUCGGGGUUGUUUGCAGACCCCAGAUUUCUGCAAGAGCUGGUCGGCCAACCCGUCCAUGUCGCUCUGGCCGACAUCAACCAGGACCCACUCGACAGCCCUCGCAUCCUUGCUGGCAUUCUCAUCGUCGCAGAUCACCAGAACCAGAGCCUGUUCCUGCUCGUCCCAAAGGCCGAGCCAGUCCAUCGCCUCGCCGAGGCAACGCAGCUGCCGAGCAGCGAGACGCACUCGCUGGUGCUGGUGAUGGGCCAUGCGAUCAGGUCAAUCGAAGUCGACGAGUAUUCCGAUCACCCUGCAAUCCCCCUCGAGCACAUCAGCGCCUUCAUCCGGCGGAUAGCCGACCCGCCCUUUUGUCCCGGCAAGCGGUUUGAAACAGAGGCCCAGGCGAGGGACUCGCUGCUGCUGUUCCUGCAGAAGAGCAACAUCCCAUGCCGCCUCGCUGCCGACUCAACCCGCAUCUCGGUGCUCAACGGCGCCGUCCUGAUCGGCUCGCCGUAUCUCUCGUCGUGCGUCCAGUCGGCGAAUGAGAUUCUGCUGUCGCAGGUGGUCGAUGCCGUUGAGCGAUGGCAGGCGAUUCCGUCACAUCCGGCCGACUUGGCCGACAAGAGUCCGGGAUCGUGAGAAUCGAGACUCAGCCGACAUCCAGGUUCGAGACUCGGCAGGCAUCCAGG